UACUUAACGCCCGAGGUGUCAAUAGCUGCUGGGUCAGGUCUACUUAAAUCAUUAACUUUCAUUGAACCAGAAAAAGAACAGCAAGUGGGGUGUCUCGCUUACUCGUCCGUCUCUGACGGACAAGCUCUUCAGUAGGAACCCCACGCCCAACUUCUACGUAACGAGAGUAGAAAGUCCUUUCCAAGAUGGCAACGACCAUAGACAGCAGCAAUGCCGUACAGGCGACAAGCAAAAAGCAUCUCGGAAUCCCUGAAGCAAUAUUUGUGGAGGAUGUCGAGUCGUUUAUGAAGCAGCCAGGCAACGACACCGCAGACGCCGUACUGAGGAAACUGGAUGAACAGUACCAGAAAUACAAAUAUAUGGAGCUCAACUUGGCGCAGAAGAAACAAAGGUUGAAAAGCCAGAUCCCACAGAUCAAGCAGACUCUAGAAAUCCUACGACACAUGCAGAAGAAGAAGGAAACCACAGACCCGAUGGAGACACACUUCCUAUUGGCUGACAACGUUUACUGCAAGGCGUCAGUCCCGCCCACCGACAAAGUGUGCCUGUGGCUAGGGGCCAAUGUGAUGUUGGAGUAUGACAUCGAUGAGGCCCAGUCUCUUCUGGAGAAGAACCUAGCGACCGCAUCACGCAACCUAGACUCCCUGGAGGAAGACCUGGACUUCCUCAGAGACCAGUUCACCACCACCGAAGUCAACAUGGCACGAGUCUACAACUUUGACGUUAAGAGGAGGAGCAAGGACAACCUCCUUAAAUCAGUCAAGAAGUCUUGAGAGAGGGGGACCCCCCCCCCCACAAUAAAUCCCCCCCCCAGUAACCCGCCCCAACUCCAUGUUCACAUCUCUAGUCUCUACAACAUGUUUGUGACCUAAAUGGCACCCUAUUCCAUAUUUAGUGCACUACUGUUAACCAGGGCCCAUAGGGUAGUGCACUACAUUUAACCAGGGCUUAUAGGGCUCUGGUCCAAAGCAGUGCACCACAGGAGGUUGUUGGCACCUUAAUUGGGGAGGGCGUGCUCGUGGUCAUGGCUGGAGCGGAAUACUCCGUUCCAGACAUUAUUAUGAGCCGUCCUCCCCUCAGCAGCCUCCACUGCAGUGCACUGUAUAGGGAGUAGGAUACCAUUUGGGAUGUGGACCAAGCGUUAUUCUAUUGAUUUGUUACUUUUUAAAGUAUUUUUUCAAGUAAAAAAAGACAAAACAAAAGUUA